CCUCUGUCUUCAGUUGCACGACGCUCGUCGAGAUGAUACGCAGCGUUUUCAAUUGUUUAAAUAGUUGAUAGCGUAAUUCGUUUGUUUGUUUCAGUGAUUGAAGGUUAUGUUGAAGACGAUGAUGGACGUCGACGUUAAGCAGGGUCUGAGGAUCGUUCGAAAUAGAAUCGAGGCGGCUUGCCAGAAACGUAAACCCGAAUUGCAGAAUGUUAAGGCGAAUCUCGUUGCAGUCAGCAAGACGAAACCUGCUGAGAUGAUCGUGGAUUGCUACGAUGAGGGACAAAGGGACUUCGGAGAGAACUACGUGAAGGAGUUGUCCGAGAAGGGCAUCAAUGAGGAGAUUCUGUCGAAAUGCAAGGAGAUCAGGUGGCACUUCAUCGGUCAUCUGCAGAACAACAAGGUCAACAAGCUGCUGAAAACGCCGAAUCUGUACAUGAUCGAAACGGUGGAUAGCGUCGAACUCGCGGAUCUGCUGAACAAGAAUUGGCAGAAGAUUCGCACGGAGUCGGAUCACAGGAUGAAGAUCAUGAUUCAGGUGAACACGAGCGGAGAACAAGAGAAGUCUGGAGCUGAUCCAGGAACGGUGAACGGCUUCGGAACGCACGUGAUCGAGAAGUGUCCGAAUUUAGAGUUGGUCGGCCUCAUGACCAUAGGCCGCUUCGGUUAUAAUUGGCGGGACGAGGGAGCUCCACCGAAUCCAGAUUUUCUCGGCCUGAUCGAAUGUCGGGCGGCUCUGUGCGAUCAUCUGGGAAUCGAUCACGUCGCAAUGGAACUAUCGAUGGGAAUGUCCGACGAUUUCGAGCACGCUAUCGAUUUGGGAAGCGGCAACGUUCGUGUGGGAAGCUCGAUCUUCGGCCACAGGAACUACAACGACAAAUGAAUUAUAUGUAAUAAACGUUGUACAUAACUGUUGAAUUCGUUUGUUUCCAAUUCCUUGAUUAUUUUGGGUGAUGAUUGGAGGAAAGAAAAGAUUGAUUUUGUAAUAAAAUUAAUGAUUUAUUUGAAAAUAGAAGCGUCGCUUGUUGUUGUUGCGGCGUGACGCUGUAUAACAUUAUAUGUAUGAAGUAUGAUCAACUCUUGCUUCGUGAAAUGCGCUUUUGU